UCGAACAGGUAUGUUUAUGAGUACAUAUAUUUUCUGUUUCUGAGAAUAAAAUGUGUCAGAACUCAGAACUAUACAAGCAAGAAAGUGGUUUGUCUAGAUUGAAAGACUAUCAUGUUUAAUACAGCCCUGAUAUUUAAUCCCUCUGCUGGAACUUCAAAAAGGUUUUCAGUUCCCGUUGUUCAGGAAUUGGCAUCUCAGAAUCUUCAAAGUCUUCCUGAAAGAUAUAUCAGAUCAGAGAAAGAGCGCCCAAAUGCCUUUCCUCCUCAUCAUUCGGACAUCCCCAUAAUUGAUAUGGACAUUCUUUUGAAAGAUUCUGAUCUCCGCAGACGAAAGGAAUUGGAAAAACUUGGUAUCGCUUGCCAGCAAUGGGGAAUUUUUCAGGCUGUGAAUCAUGGAAUUCCUCUGUCUCUGCUGAACAGGAUGAAGGGAAUUAUGAGAGAAUUCAUUCAACUACCAUUGGAAGAAAAACUGAAGUACAAAAUGCAAGAGAUUGAAGGCUAUGGGCAGGCCUUUGUAACCUCAGAUGAUCAAAUACUGGACUGGGCAGACAUCAUAGCCUUGACGACACUACCUCCAGAGAAUAGGAAAAUGGAUUCUUGGCCAAGAAAGCCAGAGGAUUUUAGAGAAACCGUGGAUCAAUAUGCUGUUGAAAUUCAAAAGCUUGAUAAUACAGUUCUUUCCCUUUUAUCAGAGGUUGUUGGGUUAAAACCAGACUGUUUCAUUAACAUGUUUGGGAAAAUGUCACAGACAAUGCGAAUGAAUUACUACCCACCCUGCCCAAGACCAGAUCUGGUUUUAGGCAUAAGCCCUCAUUCAGAUGCAACUGGUUUGACAGUGUUGCUGCAGGAUGAUGAAACGGUAGGGCUACAUAUCUCUAACGAUGACAAAUGGGUUCCUGUUCAACCCAUCCCCGGUGCCCUGGUUAUCAAUAUUGGGGACAUGCUUGAGGUAAUAAGCAAUGGAAUAUAUAAGAGUAUUGAGCACAGGGCGGUCACAAACAUGGACAGAGAUCGAAUCUCCAUUGCCACAUUUUGUGCUCCAAGUAUGAAAACAGAAGUGGGUCCUGCUCCUGAGCUCAUAGAUGAGUUGCAUCCCUGUCAAUACAGAAGAUUUAUUCGUGCAGAGUAUAUGCAGAAUUUCUUUUCUGGCAAACUUGAAGGGAAGAAGAUUGAUUUUGCCAAAAUCAAGUCAUAACUUUCUUGAUUUGAAUUUGUUCAAUAUGGUUAAGACCUAGGGUGGGAAGGCAAAAGAUCUACAUUCAAUUUGAUGAACUUCAUCUAUUAUGGGUUUUUUCGGGCUUUUACUUUAAGCAAGUUAUCAAGUUAUCAGUGAUCAGUAAUGUAAUGAAUUGCAUGAUUAAGUAACGUAUAUUUUUUCUGAA